AUAUUUGGGGUUGAGGAGGAGGAUGAUAAGGUAAUUCCGCACCGCCGGGGACGUUAGGACUUCGGGAGCAGAGAAUUUCUCUCCCCAUCAGUUCCUUGUCCCCAGAGAGACGCCAGAGAUCCGAUUCCUCCUUUUCUUUUUCUUAUUCUCUCUCUCUCUCUCUCUCUCUCUCUCCGGACUCGGAUCAUUCAAUAUGGUACGUUUGCUGAUAAACAUAGCAUUCGUCGGAUUUUGAAGUUUUUCGUGUGGUUUGGCGAAUGAUAAAACGUUUUGCCCAGAACGGACAGAAGCAGAGGCAGAUUCUCUAAUGGCUAAAUGCUCCAUUUCCGCCUUCUCUGACUCCAUGAAUGGACUCAAAAUACAUUAUGACAGAUCCACACAAACCUUCGAUGCUCAUGACAAUACAAUGUCUGAUUUGAGGGGUGAUAAUCUUUUCAAUUGUCAGAAGGGCAAAAUGUUCAUGCAAGGGAAUUUUGAAUUGAAUCCUGUGCAAAGAUAUGCUGAUUCCCUUAAUGUUUUGAAGCAGACUAUGCUCAAGCAGGAGAUUAUAUUUCGAAAGCAGGUCUAUGAACUCCAUCGAUUAUAUUCAAUACAGAAGACGCUCAUGGAUGAUCUUGACUCAACAACGUUCGAUAGAUUCAAUCUCUCAAAAGCAAGCAAAAUUUCAUCCUCAAUGGGUUUUACAAAUUUGACAAAAAACAAGGUCUUGCCACAAGCUGCUUACAAGGAUUUGUUAAAAGAGCACCAGGGCACUUUCUCUGACCUGCCACAUGGGCAUCUUAAUCUUCAACUUCCAGCGGAUCAAUAUAUAUCCCACGUUGUUAUUGACCUUCCAAAUAAAGAGGAUGUUUGCAACCAGUCAAAAGAAUUGCCAGAAGUUGAGCGUUCUCUGGUUGGUGAGUUCGUAGAUCUAGAGGAAGUUGAACUUACAUUGAGUGUUGGAGAGCACACUAGCAGUAAGGGAUGCAGAAAUAGAAGUGCAAAUAAUAAGGAAACUUACUCCUGUCCUGAAGUUAUUGAUUUAGAAGAAUCACUUGGAAGGGAGUCCCUUGAUGAUGCCAAAACUUCAUCUGCACUCAGCUUUGCUGCUCCGAUGAAUUAUUCCAGACAUUCACAAGUUUAUGUCCCAUCAAACUCGGUUGUCUUGAGAAGUGGAAAGAAUGAUCUGGCUCCUGGGAUUGCAAUGAGUGGCUCUAUUGUGGAUAGAAGGGGAAGCUACUGGGAGCCAAUUUCCAUUGAUAGAGAUACUGGAUCUGAUGUUCUCCAACAAAAUCUGUUCACCAACAGGCAACAGGUGCCAACAUGCAAAGCAAGGGAGAUAGACCUUAAUGGAGUUCAGUUUGAUGACUUAUCAUGUUGCUCAAAAGGUCCAAUGGUGGCCUAUCCAUCAACUGCUAGUUCAUCAGGAUCUUUUCAUGCACUUCUUGGGAAAUUUCACGACAGCAGUCCUAAUGCUGCAACUUGUUGGAAAAAACCAAGUGAUGAGUGCUCAAAUAAAACAUCUAACAUGUUUCGACAGGGAGAUGUUAUGGAUCUCAGUUUGAUGGACAACUGCACUGAUGAUAAUAGUAAAGAAAUUCAGGCUAGGAAUCUUGAAGAAAAUAGUCGAAAUGAAGUGGUUUAUAUAGAUCUUGAGUCUGCACCAAGCCCACCAGUAGACCUUUGUGAAGGCAUUGGCAGCCACAAUGGCAACUCCAGAGGCUUGUCACCCGAGCACCAAGAUGAUCUUUCACGUGAUAGAAAUCAUGCAAAUGUAGCCACAGCAUAUAGUACUUGCGAGAAGAGUGAAGAGCAAGACACUAUUUCAUGUCCACAUCCUAGUCAAAUCAAAGUUCAAGAUGGAUGUUGCAAUCAAUCUCCCGCAUCUUUGAAGUCUGAUUGCCUCACUGACAGCUCUAGUGGGGUAAAGACUGCACAAUAUGGAACCCAAAUGGGAAGCUCAAAUCUUUACGCUUUCAAUAAGCUUGCAAAACUCAAGUUAGAAUCUCAAAUUUCGGGAACAAACUUGAGCGAGCCGGACCUGAGAUCAUCUGAUGGCAGUAAAUCCAGUCAUCAACAUAAUGACAAGGAUGCAGAGGAACCAGCAGAAGUGGAUGUCUUGAUCCAAAGGGCAGCUGAAGCACUUCUACAUAUUUCCUUGGGAGGAUCAGCAGGUCAUCAGGAUUGUUCUUCAGAAGCAGGACUGCAUGAGAUGGAAAUUGUGAAGGGACGUCGAGAGUAUUCUUCCGAUUCUUUCGAGUCCAUUACACUAGGGCUAAAAGAAAGCAGCUUGGAGGACUACUCUGUUUCAUCCAAGCUGUUCGAAGUCAAUGAAACAGAGGACUUUGGUUUUAAACUAAGAAGGGGGAGGAGGCUGAAAGAUUUCCGGAAAGACAUACUGCCCACUCUGGCAUCACUAUCCAGACAUGAAAUUUGUGAAGACAUUAACAUUUUUGAGGGAGUCAUCAGAUCAAGAGAGUACAGGAAGAUGAGAUCCAAGAUGGGCAAUGGGGAUAACUGGUGCAUGCCUGUAAGAAGCAGGAGGUCCCGAGUCAGUUGUGUUCGCAGAAGAAAUUAGAUACGAAAAUCCGUUAGAAAUUAUUAUUUGGUGUCAUACUUGAAGUAGUUUUUACUGAAAAUAAUUCUUAGUUCAUUCCUGAUUACUUGAUAUAAUCAAUCUUGUUUCUUUGCUUUUGGUAAAUGAACAUCUUGUCAUUUUAAAAAAGUUUCCAGAACUAAACAAGAAGGAUUGCUGAAGACUGUUUCUA